AUGAAUUGGGCAAACUACUGGCAUAACAUGGUUCAGUGGUACCUCAUCAUUGUCAAAGGUUGGCCUGACAACAUAUCAUUUGUCAACCUUAGCAGUGUCUCCAGUGCUCUACCAGACCUGGAAAUUCUCUUGCAUAAAUGGCAGUUCCAUGCCAUCCAUUGGAGGUGCUUGGAAGAAGAUGAGUAUCUCAAACUCCUUGAAGAGCACAAUGAGAAGUUGGAGCAAGGCAAAAUUGCUGAAGAAUACCAGCAGACUCAUUCAGACAAGGGGAAAAAACACAUACAAACUUCUGAUAGUUCUCAGUGCAAGAAGGCAUUCAAGAGUACUGAAACUGUUGUAAGUGAUGAUGAAAAUGAUGAAGAUGAAACAGCACUGGCUACUGCCUCCACUCAUGCCCUUGCCAGUAUGAAUACAAUGACAGUCCAGCCUACUGCCACUCAUGCCCUUGCCAGUCCCUUUGCUAAUGAAUCCUUUAACAAUGAUAUGACAUUCAACACUUCUAACUUCCUGACUGCCACUGGUCCAGACUUUGGCAAUACAAUGGGGGGCUUUGGGUUUGAUACAAAUUUUGAGGGUAUGGAGAAUCUUGGUUUUGGAAUGACACUGACCUCAUAA